AUGUCGGACCUCCAGAAGUCAAAGCCUGCAAGGCCGACCCUUUGGGGAUUCUUCAAGGAAGUUUUCAAUUGGUAUCCAUCUUCUUAUCCUUCUGAAGAAAGAAAAUUACUCUUCAAGCUCGAUGUGUCAAUCCUGGUAUUUGCCUGCUUAUGUUUCUUCGUCAAAUACUUGGAUCAAACAAAUAUCAGUAAUGCCUACGUGAGUGGGCUCAAGGAGGACUUCGGUCUAUAUGGAAACGAACUCAAUUAUUUCAAUGUCUGUUAUUACACGGCAUAUGUUGUAUUUCAGGUUCCUGGUCUACUCCUAUUGUCACGUCCAAAGUUGGCUCGCUGGCUACUUCCCGGACUUGAAGUCCUCUGGGGUAUCUGUACAUUUGCUCAAAGUCGUGUCACCAGCGUCAAUCAACUUUACGCCCUUCGAUUUCUUGUUGGAAUGCUGGAGGCUCCUGUUUUUGCUGGGACGCAUUUUAUUCUUGGCUCCUGGUAUUCUGGUCCUGAACUUUUCAAACGUGCCGGUACCUGGUUUAUCUGUAACCCGCUGGGAAGCAUGGUAAGCGGAUAUCUGCAAUCAGCCGCAUAUACCAACCUCUCGGGAGUUGGAGGUAUGCCUGGGUGGAGGUGGCUAUUCAUUAUUGACGGCAUUUUCACAAUCCCGGUGGCUUUCAUUGGGUUUUUCAUCUUCCCGGGCAUCCCAGACUCGCCACGUCCAUUUUAUUUGACCGAAAGUGAUAUCGCUUUGGCCAAGGAGAGGGCACGCAGGGCAGAGAUACGUCGCCCUGGUAAACUAGGACUUGAUGUAUUCAAGCGGUCUCUGAAGCGGUGGCAUAUCUGGGUCUUCGUUGCAACUUAUGCGUGCAUGAUUAUCUCAUCUUAUCCGACGUCUUAUAUGAACUUGUGGCUCAAAGCUGAGGGAUACUCAGUUACCCAGGUCAACCAGCUACCGACAGUUAUUUAUGCCAUCCAAAUUGUCGCAUCUUGGUUUGGCACGACUAUUGCUGCAAUUUACCCUUCUUGGAUCAUCUAUACAAUUGCUUCUUUGGGUUGCCUUUUCUCGACAUUAUGCAUGAUUAUUUGGAAUAUUCCAAAGGGGUUGAAAUUUGCUGCGUGGUAUUUCCUCGGGCUUUCGGGCUGUCUAAGUCCUAUUCUAUAUUCCACGGUCAACACUAUUGUUAAAGAUGAUUCCGAAGAGCGAGCACUCAUCCUGGGAUCGAUGAUGACAUUUGGCUACUCAUUCCAGAUCUGGGUUCCACUGCUUGUGUUUCCAACCUCUGGUCAUGACGGGGCUCCACAAUGGAUCAAGGGAUGGCCCGUGUCAUUUGUGUUCUAUUUCUUGUUGUGGGCAGGAUUCAUCACUGCCCUAGUUGUUUAUCGACGGGACCAAAGGAAAAACGUCACUGUGAUGGCAUCCGACAGCGAGGAUAUUGAGAUAAUCGUGGACCAAGCGCCUCCGAAAUCUGCCGUGAAGGACUGA